GCCGCUCUCAGGUUUCUCUCUGACCCAACUUGCCCAGAACCAUCUAUGGAAUUGAAUUGAAUUGGACUCUACUCUACAUCAUUCUUUAACUCUAUGGUCAUAUGUAUUGCGCCAUCUUUAUUACUUAGCCAUUUUCUUACAUCCGUUGUGAGUCCUUAAAUUCCUACAAGGUAUCCCUACACACUUUUCAAGAUGGGUAGGGAGGACAAAACAACUUGGAAAUCAAAUUAUUUUACUAAGCUUGUACAACUAUUGGAUGAUUAUCCAAAAUGUUUUAUUGUGGGAGCAGACAAUGUUGGUUCCAAGCAAAUGCAACAAAUACGCAUGUCAUUGCGUGGAAAUGCAGUAGUUUUAAUGGGCAAAAACACUAUGAUGAGAAAAGCUAUUCGUGGUCAUGUUGAGCGUAAUGCUGCAUUAGAAAAAUUACUACCUCAUAUUCGUGGCAAUGUUGGAUUUGUUUUUACUCGUGGGGACUUAAUUGAAGUAAGAGACAAGUUACUGGAGAAUAAAGUGCGUGCACCUGCUAGAGCUGGUGCCAUAGCACCCUUGAGUGUUGUCAUUCCAGCUCAGAAUACUGGACUUGGUCCUGAAAAAACUUCAUUUUUCCAAGCGCUGAGUAUACCAACCAAAAUUUCAAAGGGUACCAUUGAAAUAAUUAAUGAUGUCCAUAUUCUCAAACCUGGCGAUAAAGUUGGAGCUUCUGAAGCUACGCUUCUAAAUAUGUUGAAUAUCUCUCCUUUCUCAUAUGGUUUACUUGUUGAACAAGUAUAUGAUUCUGGUACAAUUUUCGCUCCUGAAAUUUUGGAUAUCAAACCCGAGGAUCUCCGCGAGAAAUUCCUGGCUGGAGUUGCAAAUAUAGCCUCGAUUUGUCUGUCAAUUGGUUAUCCCACAGUCGCUAGUGCACCUCACAGCAUUGCUAAUGGCUUUAAGAACCUGUUGGCCAUUGCUGCUGUCACUGAUGUCGAAUUUGCAGAGGCUGCUACUAUCAAGGAAUAUAUCAAGGAUCCAAGUAAGUUUGCUGCUGCAACUGUAGCAGCUCCAUCAGCCACAACUGCCGAUGCUCCUGUCGCGGAGAAGAAAGAAGAGAAGAAGGAGGAGUCCGAAGAGUCCGACGAUGAUAUGGGAUUCGGAUUAUUUGAUUAAAUAAUUAUCUAAAGGGCUCGUCUUUGAUAUUGGAAUAAAACUCCAUUUGUACGACUCCA